AUCGGGAUUAGGAGUGAUCUUGAUGAUUUCAGUUUGAAUUUGUGAUGGUCCAGUAUUAAUUUUGAGGUGUUUUGAUUAGGUUCCCGAUCGUUCUGUCAGUUAGCAUCGAGAUUGAGUGCUCGGUUUUAUGCGAGUGAGGUAAGUAAAUUUAUGCAUGCCUACUUGAAAGUGAUUGUGAACUGUCUUGAUGAUCUGAAAGUGAUUGUGAAUUGUGAUUUGCCUGUUAACUUCUGCCUGUUUUGUCUCCGAUAUGGUCAUGUUAUUCGUGUGCCCGCUAGUGGGAGGUUUAUAAAUGCUAGCACAUGUCGACAUGUUAGUGAAAGAGCAGGUUCGUUCAACCCUGCUAGUGGGGGUUAUACACCAGCAAAUCGUGUGCCUGCCAGUGGGAGGUUUAUAAACGCUGGCCGUGACCUAUAGAGGAGACGUCUAUUUCGUGCUCGUACUGUAUCUGUUUUCGUGAUUGUACCUGUUGGCAUGCUUUAAGUUUGAUAAGGGGCACUCCAUAUUUACUUACUGAGUUUAUCUCAUAGUUUUCCUUGUCCACCAUUUCAGGAAGUGAAACCGAGGACGGGGAAAUCACGGGAAGUGACGAGUUAGAAGGCUAACCAUAUUGUAAUUGGAUAUAAAUUUUAGAUAUAAAUCAUGAUCUUGUAUUUGGAGAUUUUAUUGUAGAUUUAUGAUAUUACAAAGAUUUUAUAAUUUGAUCUUCAUAUUUUGAUGGUAUCAGAGUGUGAAUUUGAUAAGUUUCGAGCCUUGUGCAUUUGUGGGACCCGUCUCACGAGUGCACGGCGUCUGUCGCGCCUCGAAUUUGGGUUUUGGGGCGUGACAGUUGGGUCAA